AGUCCGAAAAAUGACAUUCAACUUUAAAAAUAUGCAUGUAUGAUUUGAAACUUAUUUCUUUUAUACUCAAGUCAUAAUCUAUGGCAGGCUAGAUAAUCACACAUUUGAUUUUUUACAAAUCAACUACGAGUAUAAUAAUCUUAUUGUUGAAUUUAUGCAUGUUAUUAUAAUCUUUAAACUAUGCCAAUGAAUACCCUCUACUACUAUAUAUACACACACAUUACGCAUAACAAAUCAAAUCAACCAUCAUUCUAAUAACACUUUUUUUUUUCUCUAGCUAGACGUACAGUACAUAUUAACGUUUGAGGCAUAUGGCCUAUUUUACAACCCGAAAUUGCUACCUUACUAUUCUUUCUCUACUAAUAAUCUCCUUACAGUUGACAACUUCUAAAGCUGGAGUUAACAAUCAUACAACUAAUGUAGCUCGUCAUCCAAUGGACCCAUUAACGGUCCAAGAGAUAAACCAGGUACGAGUUAUACUCUCCUCCUAUGCGACUAAUAAGUCCUUUUCUCUUCACUCUGUGGUUCUAGAGGAGCCCCUUAAGUCAUACGUACUUAAUUGGAGGCAAGGUGAUCCUUUGUCCCCUAGAAAGGCCUCUGUUGUUGCACGAUUUGAUGAUGGGCCAUUCCUCAUGCUCGUCGUGGACCUAAAGUUGGGUCGGGUUGAUCAGGUUAAGACUAACCCAUUGUCAGGGUAUCCUAUUCCAACAUUAGAGGAGAUGCUAGCUGCCUUGACCGCACCAUUUUCUAGUGCUCAGUUUAACAAGAGCAUCAGUGACCGUGGGGUUGACUUUAAGGACUUGGUUUGUGCACCUUUGUCUCCAGGGUGGUACGGAAAAAAAGAGGAGAAUAAGAGGAUAAUAAAGAUACAAUGCUUCUCUGCGGAAAACACGGUUAAUUUCUACAUGAGGCCAAUUGAAGGAUUAACUGCAGUUGUUAAUUUGGACACUAAUCAAGUGAUUGAGAUUUUGGACCAUGGAAAACACAUUCCAAUUCCUAAGGGAAUUAACUCAGAUUAUCGUUUUUUGGCCCAAAAUAACUCAAAUAAAAUCAAUAAGCCCAUUAACCCAAUAUCCAUUGAGCAGCCCACAGGCCCAAGCUUCAAGGUUAAAAAUGACCAUUUGAUCAAAUGGGCAAAUUGGGAAUUUCACCUCAAACCCGACCCAAGAGCCGGGUUGGUCAUUUCCCAAGCCAAGUUUCAAGACCCGGAUAGUGGUGAGCUAAGAAGUGUGUUAUAUAAAGGAAUGGUCUCGGAGUUAUUUGUUCCGUAUAUGGAUCCAACCGAGUCAUGGUAUUUUAAGACGUAUUUGGAUGCAGGCGAAUACGGGCUAGGUUUGACAGCGGUAUCACUUGACCCGUAUAAUGAUUGCCCUAAAAAUGCACAUUUUAUGGAUGGAGUGUUUGUUGCUGAUGGGAAACCAUACAUCCAAUCGAACAUAAUUUGUGUUUUUGAGAGUUAUGGUGGUGAUGUUGCAUGGCGUCACACCGAGGGUAAUUUUGCCGAAAAUAAGGUACGUGAGGUGAGACCGAAAGUGAAGUUGGUGGCUAGAAUGGUAUCAACAAUUGGUAAUUACGAUUACAUCAUCGAUUGGAUUUUCCAAUCUGAUGGGCUCAUUAGGACUGAGGUUGGAUUGAGUGGUAUUGCAAUUGUGAAAGGAACAAAAUACAAGAACAUGAAGGAGGUGCCUAAAGAAGAAGACCUUUAUGGCACAUUAGUCACUGAAAAUGCAAUUGGAGUCAUACAUGAUCACUACGUUGCAUUUUAUCUUGACUUGGACGUGGAUGGUUCGAAUAACUCAUUUGUUAAGGUAGAUCUCCGAAGACAAGAAACUUCUCCUGAAAAAUCACCUAGAAAAAGUUACUUAAAAGUUACAAAAAAUGUUGUUAAAACUGAGAAAGAUGCACAAACCAAACUUAGUUUAUAUGAGCCAUCAGAGUUUCAUUUUGUCAACCCGAAUAAGAAGACACAAGUCGGAAACCCGGUUGGGUAUAAACUGGUUCCGGGUGCUAAUGCAGCGAGCUUGCUUGAUUUGGAGGAUCCGCCUCAAAAGAGGGCAGCAUUCACCAAUAACCAAAUAUGGGUCACCCCAUAUAACCAAAGCGAGUUGUGGGCUGGUGGGUUGUUUGUUUGGCAAAGCCAUGGCGAUGACACUCUUGCAACAUGGUCUAAUAGGGACAGACCUAUAGAGAACAAGGAUAUUGUACUUUGGUACAUCUUAGGCUUCCAUCACAUACCAUGUCAAGAGGAUUUUCCUGUCAUGCCAACAGUGACUUCGGGUUUUGAUUUAAAACCUGUUAACUUUUUCAGCAAAAACCCAAUACUUGCAGCUCCACCAAAUUUCGAGAAUGAUCUAAUUGUGUGCCCAUCUACUUAACUACUGUGCCUUCUUGAAAAACAUAUCAAGCUUAAUAAAGAAAGAUCAUUAAUGUAUUA